AUGGCCGUCAGGGAUUCGAGACCCAGUGCCAAACCGACAAAUUUCCGAAAGUUCCCGGAGAUGCCAGGGACCUGUGUCCUGAAUAGCAGCAACGACGAGUGCGAGGGAGCCACCUCGGCCCGGCUGCUACUGCCGAUGCUCGAGGUGUACGAGGGACGCCCGCAACUGGGAGAAUGCAACCGCGUCCACCAGCACCUGCUCCAGCUCCAAUGUAUGAUCACUCGCGGCCCUGUGCAGGUCCAGAAUCUGACAAAGUCUAUCUGCCAGAUGCCUGCCAACCAGUGGAAGAAGGUCACUGGCAUGGCUGCCCACGAGGUGGCUGAGAUGAUCCGGCAAGACCAAAUUGACAUUCUAAUCGAGUUGGCAGGACACACAGCCAACAACCGCUUAGAUGUGAUUGCACUGAAGCCUGCACCCGUCCAGAUCACUUACAUCGGCUACAACAACACCACGGGGUUAGGCACAAUUGACUACCGGCUGGUGGAUGACAUUGUCGAUCCGCUGGACACUCAACAGCCCUUCAGCGAGGAACUGGUACGCAUACCUGGGUGCUUCCUCUGCUACACCCCUCCGGCCCGUGUGCCGGAUGUAGAGUCCCUGCCGGCUCUGCGAAACGGCUACAUCACUUUCGGAAGCUUCAGCUGCCUUGCUAAAGUGGGCGAGCCCGUCGUCGCACUGUGGGCUCGUUGCUUGCACGAGGUUCCAAACAGCAAGCUGCUGGUGAAGAACAAGGGUUUCUAUUCUCAAGACGUUCAGGCCACUUUCAUCAACAAGUUCAAAGCUUACGGCAUCCAGGAGCACAGGCUGAAGCUUUUGUCGCUUGCCCCCACAUCCUACGAACACCUCAACAUCUACAACGAGGUGGACCUAGCCUUAGACACCUUCCCGUACUCCAACACCACCACAACCUGCGAGUCCCUCUUCAUGGGCGCGAGCCUGAGCGGAGGGCGGCGUCCCAGCGGUGUGCCUGGUUGGAAGCACCCACGGCGCAAGGGCUCGGAUCUUGGAGCUUUGGACUGCUGUGAUGACCUGUCACGGUACCGCAGCUGGCUCCUUUGUUACGCAGACAGUACAUCAGUAGAUGACUUUGACGUGGCAAUGCCUGUCCCCUGGCCAGUGAAGCGAGAUCGCAUAUGCAUUCAAAACAUCGCCGAACGUGCGCUGACCAUCAAGCAGCUCUGUGAUUUGCGGGCCUUUCUGCAGCGGCUUUGCAAAGCCAAGCUUCUGAAACGCACCUGCGAUGACAAAUGCAGGUCUGGUACUUCCGGUCGUGCCGAGGACAAGCAGUUGAGCUGGCACGAUCUGAAUCUGUACGAUGUUACAGAUGAGGUCAUCAAGCCCAUCAUUCAGUUCCGCGAAAUGAAGGUGGCCACGAAUGUCCCAACGACAGGUCAUUUUGCAGGCUACUCAUGGGCGGAGCUUGUCAGUGAGAAACCGCAACGUCCGCAACUAAUGAUCAGUCACUGGUGGGGAGGUCGGUUCUCCGAUUUCAUGAGCGCUAUCGACAAGAUAAUGGACGACCGAGCACUGAGCAUAUGCACGACCUUUUGGGUUUGCACUUUCGCGAACAACCAAUUCGGCGAGAAUUUCGGCGCCACGAUCAUGGACACCCCUUUUGUCAGAGCCGUGGAAUUUGCAGAGGCGACCAUCCUGAUGGUGGAUCGCGAUGCUGGUUCGCUUCGGAGAAGUUGGUGCUGCCUGGAGCUGCACUACACCAUCCAACAAGAGAAGGCUCUGGAGCUCUACACUUCUGCCGGUCUUGUGGGGUCCAAUGCCGUGUCCUCCGGGCCUCUUGUUGACGCGAUCUCCCAAUGGGAUGUGCGAGACAGCACAGCGUCUGAGGCAGCCUACCGGCGUCAGAUCUUCAAUUUCAUUGCUGGUGUUCCAGAGAAGGCUGGGCUUUUAACCGUCGAUCGAAGUCCUUACGGUGAGCUUGUGCUUGUCGACGGGCGACCUCAGCUGGAUGGUCAAGAUGCCGGUAACAAGAGUGAGGAGCAUGCCCUCUUUAUCAAACACCACAAGGCCUUCGAAGCUUUGAACAUGGAUGUUCGGGUUUCAGUGAUCGGUCUAAUUGGUGCAUGCCGGAGGAACCGGGGCUGCGAACUGCCGCAGAUUCGUGAACGAGGAAUCACCCUUGGACAACUCAGAACUUUUGCGCGCAAGGCCCGGACGUCUCUUGGCAAGUCCUUGCCUGGGACUCCAUGGGAAGCAAUCACGGUAGAGCAAGUCACUACGACGUUCAUCAUCAAGGAGACAUCCAAACGCAACUGCUCUUACGUGGAACUCGUGGCUGAAGGGCCGCAGGUUCCAGACACCUUCAUCGACUACCAUGCUUCCAUGUAUUUAGCAGACGUCAUGGCUUCCAUUGAAUGGUUUGCUGAAGCAACCGGAAUGAAAGAUUCUGCGGUCUUUUUCUGGUGGCUGCUGGCCAAGAACCCGCAGCAAGUAGAAGCCGACAGGAGGAGCAAUCAAUUCGAAGGGGGUCACCUUGUUGUAGACAAGUCGCAGCGUGAAUGCCGAUCUUUGCUGGUGACCUCGGGUGCGAUGGUUCACUGCGGCGUUGCUACACAAACCCAGCCGUGGAGAAUCACCCGUGCAUGGCGGCUUUACCAGCUGGAAUGUGCAGCUCGUCUUGGGCAGGCGAUCUAUUUUGCUUGUCCAUCUGGAGUUAUGGCAUGCACGAAGCUCUUCCCGAAUGGCCAUUCCAAGUCUGGUACCAUACCUCGUGCGAUAACGGAGGCAGUUUUCAACGUGGAUAUUGAGGUUGCUUCUUGCACUGUCGCGUCUGAUCGGGAGGCUAUUCUGGCUUUCAUCCGAGGAAGUAAUGGAAGAGGGGUGGAGCGAUUGCGAAGGCGGCUUCAGCGCUGGGCAGCAUUUCAUUUGGUCUCAGUGCUGGCGGCUUCCGGUGACCAAGAACUGGCGAAGCUUGAAGAAAUCUGUUCGGUCCCCGGGUUCAGCAUAAAUGCAGAGCUAGCCAAAGGCACGCUGGGUGAGUCAACGCUGCACGAAGCCGUUGCAGCAAAUUCCUAUGCCACUGUGGAGCGGCUGCUCUCGCAUGGCUUUCCACCAGAUCCCCUGGACGCCAUGCACGAAACUCCACUGCACUAUGCAGCCCUUGCAGGCAACCUCCACCUGGUCAAAACACUUCUGGACGGCCGGGCGGACCCUGUGAUGGAGUCGGUAUUUGGAGAGACGCCCCUGGAUGUGGCUAUCGAAGAACCCGCUUCUUUUUUGGGCCAGGACUCCCGAGCCGUGAUAAAGAUCCUCACGCAGAGCUGCGAGAGGCGAUGCUCAGAGCAUCGCCGGCAGGUUUUGAGGAGCUCCAGCACCGUGUCCGCUGCGGGUCCAAGGAGCGGCUUCGACUCUCAGUGA